AUGCAACAACGUCCAAAAGCGACACCUGCAAAACCACCGCGUUUAAAGGCGAAUACAGGCGAAGUUGCCACCAAAAAGCAGUUGCAAUUUGUAAGUCCAUUGCCACGACGCUCACCUGCAACUGCAACUAGGACAGCAAUAAAAACUCGUCUCGCCGAGGGUUGCAGCAGUUUAAUGUAUGCGUGUCAGCAUGGCGACAUUGUCCAAGUGCUCGCCCAGAUACGAGCCAAGCCCCAAUUGCUGCGACAACGUGACCGGAGCAACCGCAACGCGCUGCAUUAUUGUGCCGCGCAGGACUUGGAACAGACUCGCGACCUCGUGGCGGCGGCAAGCAUUGCGAUUGCAGCUCCAGAGCUGCUGGAGUCUGCCGACGAGGAUGGCUUCACGCCGCUUCACUUGGCUGUUAUUCAGGGCAACUUGGCAAUGGUCAAUUUGCUGCUAGCGAACAAAGCCGAUGUGAAUGCGGUGGACAAUGAAGGUCACUCGGUGGUGCAUUGGGCAACGGUGUGCGGCGAAAUUGAGGCAUUGCGGGCGGUUCUGGCAGCUGGAGCCAAUGUGGCAAAGCCCGAUGUUAACGGCGGCACGCCCCUCCAUUAUGCGGCCCAAAUGUGCGGCGCCAGCUAUGACAGCAAGCUGCAGUCGAACUCCAGCAAGCUGGCCCUUGAAAUUCUUGGCAUUCUGCUGGCGCAUCCACAGACCAGCGUCGAUGUUCAGGACAAGGAUGGACGACAGCCGCUUCUCUGGGCCGCCUCUGCGGGCUCCGCCAAAGCGGUCAUAGCGUUGGUGAAGGCGGGAGCACGUGUCGAGAGUGCCGAUAAGGACGGACUCACUGCACUCCACUGUGCCGCAUCUCGUGGCCACACCGAGUGCAUUGACACGCUGAUCAGUCUUUGUGGUGCACCCACAGAUCUCAUAGACUCCAACGGCUGCACGGCGUUGCAUUAUGCGGUGACACUGGGACAUGCGGAUGCCACAGCUCGACUGCUCGACUUGGAGGCGGAUCCCAAUCGGCAGGAUCGCAAGGGAAGAACGCCGGCACAUUGUGGCUGCUCCAAGGGACAGUUCGAGACGUUGAAGCUGCUGAAGGAGCGUGGCGCGAAUCUCUGGCUACGCAAUGCCAAAGGCGAUCUGCCCCUGCAUGAGGCAGCUGCCUCAGGUCGUCGGGAGCUGCUCGAGUGGCUGCUGAAUCAGCGGCCCAAGCAGGUGAACACCACGAGCAACGAUGGCCGCAGUCUGCUGCACAUUGCGGCCGCCAAUGAUUACACGGACAUGUGCAAGCUGCUCCUGGACUAUGGAGGCGAUGUGAAUGCCCUAUACCGCAAUUCCCGUGGCAUUGUGCUCACUCCCUUGGACUGUGCCCUGCAGCGUGGACACCGCUCGACGGCCAAGUUUCUGCAGUCUCACGGCGGACAACCCUCCAGCAAACUGAGGCUGGCAGCUCGACGGGGGAAUCCGUUCCAUGAGGGCACUGUGGCGGAUCCGGUGCGACCGCUGAAGUAUGUGGAGAAGGAGGAAGUGCACGACUUGCGCAGCUCCAAGAAAUAUGUGGUUUAUCUCAAGCGCACAGACUCCGAUGGAGCUGCUGCGGAUGACGUGGGCCAGGACGAAGGGGAGGAGAACGAUUGCAGCUGCACGGAGCAAACGUAUCGCAAGGAGCAGCGUCUGGAGCACAUUUGCCGACGCCACAAGCGUCGUCAGCUGCGCCGACGAACCAACAGCUGUGGCGAGAAUAAACAUGAGAAGUGCGGCGACAUUUGCCGCUCCAAGAGCAACAUUGAGAUCCGACGACGCAAGUCCAGGGAACGCUAUGCCAGCACCAGCGACGGCGAUAACGACGAGGAUGACGAGGACUCCUGUGAGAAUUGCUGUUAUCACAAGCGACAGAAGCAGCGUGUUGUCCAGCGCAAGAGAACGGUGUCCACUCGCAGAUCCAAGGAGUUGGCGGACAGCGAGGAUGAGCAAUCGCCAAAGCCAGUUGAGGAAUCCCCUAAGCAGCUGCCCAUUAUGCCGGAGCAGCCACAAGCCGAGAGCAAGUCCCAGACUCCUCUCAAGGAAGGAACCUUCAUCAAGUCACCGCCACAGAGCGCCAAAGGCGAGAAGCCAACGGAUGCGGAGCCGGACACCUUAAAGGUGGCAGAAAGUCAUGCCUUGGAGCUAACAGAUGAGGAGCUGGAAGCAGCCAAGUCAGUGGUCACCCAAGUGGAUGUGCAUCACGAUGCUGAGCUGCACUCAAAGUCAUCCGAGGAGUUGCCGCCUGCUCAGGCUAAGCCUGAAGCCAAGCAGGAGCUCAGCGAGGAGGAUACCAAGCUGUUGUCCAACGAGGUCGAACAAAUGAUCAAAAUAGCCGCCACAGCGCUGAGCAGCGAGUCCAAGAGUUCCACCGAGGAAGCCACUGAAAAGGAGAAAUCGGAAAGUGAAGAGCAAAUGAAUGCAGAGAAUGAAUCCAAAGUUAGUUCCAAUGCCAACUUGGCGCAUAUGGAGACAGCUGAAGCAGCUGCUGCUGUCACGCCCACAACGCCACCUCCAGCUCCACCUCCAGCUGCUGUUGCUGCUGCUGCUGCUCAGCCGAAAGCCGAGCAACCACAGCCAGCUGCCGUGCUACCACCGGGUCCUCCCGCAGAAGCCGCAGCAGCAGCUGAAAAACCCGAGCAACCGCCGGCUGAACCUAAAAGUGAGACAGAGGCGACACGUAGCCCAGGCCCAACCCCUUCCAAACCGCAGACUGAGCCCAAAAACUCACAGCAAAAGCCGAAAGCCGCACAGAUCCAACCACAGCCCCAUUCCCAGACACCGCCCCAACCACAGCCACGCCCACAGUCCCAGCAGCAACAGCAACAACAGCAACAACAACAACCACAACGGGAACAGGAAUCAAGACGUUCCUUUACGCUGCUUCCAUCCGAUUCGGCUGAAGAUGAGCCAGGCAGAACGGAUAUUCCCCCCGCCGCCGCCGCCGUCGUCGUUGAUGAGCCCGAACGCAAGUCCAGCUUCACUGUGCUGAAGAGCGAUGAGUCCAUGGGCGAGCUGGAGGAGUUGCCACGUCCCAAGGACAUCGAUUUCAGCAGCAACAGUCAAGUGUUCCAGGUGGUGCACGAUGGCAACGUCAGCUCCAAGUUGCCCAGUGCAUCGGAACUGGACAAAGCCGACUAUGACUAUGAGGAGUACGACGAUGGCGACGAUUAUGAAGAUGAGAAUGGCAUUGAUCCGGAGCAUGACAGCGCUCUGCGUCGCUUUCUGAGCAGUGGCCAUCGUCAGGGCGUGGCUGGCGAAGCGGCAGAAGUGGGCGUAACUAGUGAUGUCACUGCAGCCGCUGGAGUCUAUGAUGGACUGGCCAACGGACGCAAGCGGCGCCUGAAGAAACGCGUGCGAAGCGGCGCCAAGUCGCGCAGCAAUUGGAAGCUGGCCCAGGAGACGAGGGACAGCAACGUGGCCUUGGCCACCACCAGCAAGGAUCAGGAUUCGGGAUUUGAGCCGAGUCCCCGUGCCGAACGCACCAAAAUACCCACACCACGUUCAUCACACACGGCCAUGCCACGUCGUCCCAUUUAUGCCACACUCGACGGACGCUCUUGCAGCAGUCGCCUGGAGAAUCGCAAGCCCGGAGACAAGGGAGCCUGCGACAUGGGGGCCGUCACACGGUCCAUACAGCGCAACAUUCGCAGAUACUACAUGGAGCGCAAGAUCUUUCAGCAUCUGCUGGAGCUCAAGUCGCUGCAGAUACGCUCCAACAAACUAAACGAAUCGGUGCUGGUGAAACGCGCCGUUGACGACUAUCACAAAUCAUGCGUGCUGCUGGGCGGUGAAACUGGCACAAGGUUGCGGCGUUACAAUUUCAGCGAAUAUACAUUCAAGAACUUUGAGCUCUUUCUCUAUGAGACGCUCAAGGGACUGCAGAAGCCGGGCACCAACAACUUUCAGAACAUCAACGAGGUCUACGAGGAGGCCGAGCGUCGCCUCAGUCCGGAUUACAAUGCGUAUGAGAAGGCGCUGCAGUGCACCACGAAGACGCAUCGUUGUCUCCAUGCUGCCCACGCCUACACGGGCAUUCCCUGUGCCGCCUACAUUCCCAUGAUGAAUCACCACACGAUGCCCAAGUUUGGCUUUGGACCAUAUAAAAAAGCCGGCAGCGUCAGUAGUUUUUAUCUGCCAAAAAUACUGACCAGCGGACGCGCCUCCAGUGGACGAACUGACGUUGGCGUCGGCGUCGACAUUGGCGUUGGCAUUGGCAGCGGCGCUGGGAAAUGCAACCAUAAAGUUGCUCUGGAGCUGUCACACGGAAAGAGUAAACAACUAAUUUCACUGCCAGCGGAUAAGUUGGACAGCAAUAAACGUUACUAUGUGACGUUCACAGUUAAGGACUCGCCGGGACAACAAAACCAGCAGCAUCAUCAACAACAACGGCAAUCAAGCUCGCUUGCAAACGCUGGCGGAGAUGCGAGCGGCAAGUAG